AUGUCGACAGUAGAAGCAGACCAAGUUCUUCAUCCUGAUGAACAGAUCGCCGAUGAUGGAGACUCGUCAAUCGGGACUGAUGCCACUUCAUCAACAACAAGCAUCUCCAGCUCCAUCUUGAACUAUCGGCAUGAGAACGGUAGAACAUACCAUCGUUACAAAGACGGAAGAUAUCAUCUCCCAAAUGACCAGGUCGAAAAUGAGCGUCUAGACCUUCAGCAUAACCUUUUUCUCUUGACAUUCGGAGAUAAACUAGGUCUUGCUCCGCCGAAUGGCCCCACUGCAGAGGUUAGACGUGUACUCGAUUUGGGCACGGGAACUGGAAUAUGGGCAAUUGACUAUGCUGAUGAGCACCCAGAAGUAGAGGUCAUUGGAGUCGAUCUUUCGCCAAUUCAGCCAGCUUUUGUUCCGCCAAACGCUCGCUUCAUUAUUGACGAUAUUGACGAAGAUUGGGAAUAUGGUCAGCCAUUUGACUAUAUCCAUAGCAGAAUGAUGGUUUUUAGUAUCAAGGACUGGGAGAUCAACCUCAAGCCCGGUGGCUAUAUCGAGAUUCAGGAAACUGGUGGUACAAUUCUUUCCGACGACGGAACUCUUACUCCAGAUCAUGCCCUCUCAAAGUGGUGUAUCCUGCUCGAAGAGGCUUUUACUAAGCUUGGGAGUGCAUCUAUUGAGUUCGACACGAUCAAAGCUAUUAUGCAAGAAGUUGGCUUUAUAGAUGUCUUCGAUAAAAGAUUCAAGUGGCCUACCAAUUCGUGGCCUCGAGAUAAGAAGUAUAAAGAGUUAGGAACGUGGAAUAAUUAUAAUUCUGGGAACGCUUUGGAGUCUCUAACCAUGGCGUCAUUUUCAAGGGCUCACGGGUGGUCAAGGGAAGAGAUUAUUACAUUCCUUAUUGAUGCGAGGAAGGAUCUGAAUAAUCCGAGUAUUCAUGCCUAUAAUCCAAUAUAUUCAAUCUAUGGAAAGAAGCCUGAUGCUUAA